GCAGAACCGCAAGUACGUCAACUUACUGAUCGGAGAAAAACCAGCUCGACUACAACUCGACACCGGAUCGGACAUUUCGGUCAUCAGCUAUCGUCUAUGGAAGCAACUGGGUAAGCCUCACCUUAACCCUCCGAAGGUAAGAGCAAAAGCAGCUUCUGGAGAUGUAUUCGGCCUUGAAGAACAGCGGAACCACGAUCAUGGGAGGAAAAAUUUCCGACAGUUUUUCACGGAACAGGCCUGUGCACCAAAGCGCAAAUUCAUCUACAGCUGCGACAGGAUAGCCAACCAGUAUUUCGUCCGAAACGUCCGGUCGCAUACGCGAUGGAAGAUGCCGUAAACAAGGAGCUAGAUCGGCUUGAAAAUCUGGGGAUCAUCACACCUUGUGACUUUUCGGAUUGGGCUGCACCAGUCGUUGUGGUUCGGAAAGCAAACGGUAAACUACGAUUAUGCGGAGACUAUUCGACUGGAUUGAAUGCAGCGCUACACCCUCAUGAGUAUCCGCUUCCGUUACCACAGGACAUUUUUUUCAAAGCUAGCCCGAUGCAUUAUCUUUACACAAAUUGAUCUAUCCGACGCAUUUUUGCAGGUGGAAAUAGAAGAGAAGAGCCGACCCCUGCUUACCAUCAACACGCACCGAGGCCUGUAUCAUUAUAACAGGCUCCCUCCAGGCAUCAAAGUGGCGCCUGGUGCUUUCCAACAAAUAAUGGACAAAAUGCUUGCCGGUGUAAAUGGAGUGUCCGCAUAUAUGGAUGAUGUAAUCGUCGGAGGAAGAACGCAGGAAGAGCACGAUUCCGCCCUUGAAGAAACCCUGAAGCGCAUAAUGGAUUACGGGUUUACCAUUCGAAAAGAAAAGUGCGCAUUCAACAAGCCGGAAAUCCGUUACCUUGGGCACAUCAUCGACAGCCGAGGCCUGCGACCCGACCCAGCCAAGAUCGACGCCAUAAAACAGCUACCUCCUCCGAAAGACGUCACAGGUGUUCGGUCAUUCAUCGGUGCGAUAAAUUUUUAUGCCAAAUUUAUCCCAAACAUGCGCAACUUACGCUAUCCUUUGGAUAGGUUGCUACUAGACGGAAGCUCGUUUCAGUGGACAUCAGACUGCCAGAAGGUGUUCGACCAAUUCAAAGCGCUUUUAUCAUCGGAACUCUUGCUAACUCACUACGACCCGAAGCGUGACAUAGUUGUUUCCGCCGAUGCAUCUUCGGUUGGAUUAGGGGCAACUCUAUCUCACAAGUACCCAGACGGAUCCUUAAAAGUGGUACAGCAUGCAUCCAGAGCGCUCAGCAAAGCGGAAGCUGGUUAUAGCCAAAUCGAUCGAGAGGGACUGGCUAUAAUUUUCGCUGUAACCAAAUUUCAUCGCAUGAUAUUCGGUCGUCAUUUCACGCUUCAGACCGACCACCGACCACUAGUACGCAUAUUUGGCAGCAAAAAAGGGAUUCCAACGUACACGGCAAACAGGCUCCAAAGGUUUGCACUUACGCUUCAGCUGUACGACAUGGACAUCGAGUACAUUCCAACAGGCUCAUUUGGAAACGCUGAUGUAUUAUCCCGGCUAAUUCAACACCACACGAAACCUGAAACCGAAUACGUGAUCGCAAGCGUGGAAUUAGAGGAGGACUUAAGGUCAGUUGCCGUUAACGCGCUCAGUUCAUUUCCCCUAUGUUUCAGGGACGUGCAGGUAGCUACACAGGCUGACCCUUUGCUCCGGAAAGUGCACAAGUACGUGCAAGACGGAUGGCCACAUGACGAUUCUUUCGGAGCAGAAUUGGCACGGUACCACAAUCGGAAGGAAUCCCUCUCAACCGUUGAGGGUUGUGUACUUUUUGGGGAGAGAGUGGUCAUCCCGGAGAAGCUGCGUUCCCGUUGUUUAGUUCAGUUGCACAAAGGACAUCCGGGGAUGCAGAGAAUGAAAGCCAUCGCGCGAAGUUUUCUGUAUUGGCCGAUGAUCGACGACGAUAUUAUGAGCUACGUGGCCUCGUGCGGAUCUUGUUCGGCUGCCGCAAAAGCACCCCCUCGAGCGACACCAGCGGCAUGGCCAACACCAACGGGCACCUGGCGUAGAGUACACGUGGACUACGCUGGGCCAUGGGAAGGUUUUUACUUUUUAGUCGUUGUUGACGCCUUCUCCAAGUGGCCUGAGAUCUACAAAACAUCGAGCACAACAACAUCCGCCACUAUUUCCAUGCUACGGAACAUUUUCGCUCGCUUCGGUAUGCCGGAAACGCUGGUUAGUGACAACGGGCCCCAAUUUACAAGCAGCCUGUUUGAGGAGUUUUGCAACAGCAACGGGAUCGACCACGUCACUACGGCGCCAUUCCACCCACAAUCGAAUGGUCAGGCGGAGCGUUUUGUCGAUACGCUCAAACGAGCGCUGCGGAAGAUCCAGAGCGACGAGACAUCCCUGGACGAAGCGCUGGAACUUUUCCUCAUGGCAUACAGAUCGACACCAAACGCGCAGUUGAGCCAACAGAAAACUCCUGCUGAGGAAAUGUUCGGCCGCCCCAUCAGAACAGCACUGGAGCUGUUGCGGCCCCCAUCGUCACACUCAUUAUCUGCUCCCUCCUCUAUUUCAGUGCGGAGAUUUCAACCAGGCGAGCUCGUUUCUACAAAAUCGUUCCACCGAAACUCUUGGAAGUGGAUACCUGGAAAGAUCGUGCGAAGCUGUGGAAGAGUUAUGUAUGAUGUCAUUGCGGACAGCGGACGUUUACUUCGGCGCCACAUAAACCAAAUAAGGCGACGUGUCGCUGGCAGUGCAACCCAGAAGCAUCAGAUUCCGCUCGACGUGCUGCUAGCGGAAUGGCCUUCGUUUUCCCGACAUGAACCGACCCAGCCGGCAUCGGAGACAAGCAGGUGCGAAUCGUCCGCGCCACCACCGUCAUCGUUCGCAUUAACAUCACUAGCACCGAGCGCCCCGACGGAUGUCCCUGUGACGACAUCCCAAUCGUUUCAUCCUCCCGAGCUUUCCAACCGUUACAAAGGUAGGACCUCUCAGCGGCUGUUAGAUUUGCCACGCAGGUCUUCUCGAGUUAGAAGACUUCCGCGUCGGCUUGGAGCCUAUCAGCUCAAUUAGCCGGGGGAGAUGUUGCAUCCUGAUUAGAGCGUAGCCUAACCGUGCGCUCUAUGCCGUCUGGGAACUGACAGCAUCCGAUGUGUAGCGGAUAUGGCUGUCUCGCUCUAGCAACGAUCGGGGAUGCGCUUCAGGAGCGUAGAAGUUCGUGAGUAAGGAUCGUGCGGAUCCUGGGGGGACUCUCUGCUCAUCACGGUUCCGGGACAGACGUGGCUCGCGCGCGGCCUCGUAUUUUACGUUUGUUUUAAUGUUCGUUUUAAUUGUGUUUUAAGUGAAAUAAAAGAAAUAAGUACCAGUGCACAAA